AUGAAAAGCGUCAUAAGUUCUGUCAAUUUUGUAAAGGUGAGCACUUUAAACAGUCGACUGUUUCCACAACUGUGCAACAAGUUGGAUGCGCCGAAUAAUGCUCUGCUAUUUCACACUGAAGUGAGAUGGUUGUCGAGAGGAAAAAUUUUAAAAUGUGUGUUUGAGCUGCGUGAUGAACUCAAAACGUUUUUUAAUCAGAAAGCAAGACCGCAGCUUGAAGCACAUUUCAGCGAUAAAAGUGAACUGCCGAAAAUAGCUUACUUGGUUGACAUCUUUGCCAUCUUGAAUGAGUUAAAUUUAUCACUGCAAGGACCAAAUGCAACAUGCCUCGAUUUGUCUGAAAAGAUCCGAUCAUUCCAAAUGAAACUUUAG